AUGGUUGAUUAUCUGAUUCGCUUUGCACAGAGCCAUGAAUCAUUUCGCAAAGCAGAAAUUGAAGCUCUAGCCAGCUUGGUGGGGGUUAAGAUAGAAUUUCUAGUUUAUCAUGAUAAUACUCCGUUCUGUGUAGUGACACUUGAGAAUGAAGAUGCUGCGCGUGCGCUUAUGCGACGCAGCAUUCUGGCUAAAAAUAUAUAUGAGCUUUGGGGGCAAGGAGACACAUACGACCAGCUGAGAGCAGAUGUACGCCGCCGUACUGAGUCCAGAUGGCCCGAUUACAAGAUGGUAUCUUUCAAAUUUGGCGUUGAUACCUAUGCAUCAACGAGAAAUUCAAAGGAGAGGAACGAGAUAAUCGACUCGUUUGCAUUUUUGGCCUUUGAGGGACCAAUAAAGAUGAUUGAUGCUGAGGAGGAGUUCUGCGUCUUUGAAGAAUUCUCUCAUCAACUUGCUGUUUCUGGAAAUCCUAAAACACAUACCAAGCCGGUAUUGAACCGUGUUUAUCUUGGUAGAUGGGUUACGGAGGGAGGUCGGGUAGAGAUCAACAGAUAUGACUUGAAGAAACGCUGUUAUAUUAGCACUACCUCUAUGGAUGCAGAACUGAGUUUAAUAUCAGCAAACAUGACGCAUGCGGCGCCUGGGAAGCUCUUUUAUGAUCCAUUUGUUGGAACUGGCAGUUUUCUUGUUGCUGCUGCUCAUUUUGGUGCAAUAACUUGUGGCUCGGAUAUUGAUGGGCGGAGCUUCCGCGGCAAAGAGACUGAACCAAAGGCUAGUACUGGAGUCAUUGCCAACUUCAAGCAAUACGGGCUGGAAUCCAAAUAUCUGGACACAUUUACUUCCGACUUGACGAAUACCCCUAUUCGAAACACACGUAUUUUUGAUGGAAUAAUCUGUGACCCACCAUAUGGAGUGCGAGAAGGGCUCCGGGUCCUUGGACAUAAGGAUGAAAGUCGAAGGGGGGAACUCAUGAUGUACCAGGGUGUUCCAUCCUAUAAGCGGGAGAAUUAUAUUUUCCCGAAAAGGCCAUAUGGCUUUGAAGCUAUGCUUGAUGAUAUCCUUGAUUUUGCUGCCCACACGUUAGUUAUCAAUGGCAGGCUAUCUCUCUGGAUGCCUACUGCAAACGAAGAUGAGGUUGAACUUGAGAUUCCGAGCCACCCGUGCCUCGAGCACAUUGAUUCCUGUGUGCAGCCAUUUAACAAAUGGUCACGGAGACUACUAGUAUACAGGCGGCUGCCUGACAGCGAAGUAUCAUCUACAGCCCCUAGGGGAAGAAAAGAAGUACCUAGAGGGCUAAAGGCCGACGAUUUGAACCCGUUUAGACGAAAGUAUUUCGAAUCCUUUCCUGUGGAAGAAAAUUCCAACCCAUAG